AUGGAUCCCAACUGGCAGCAGUAUCACGACCCGGCUGGGGCCUCCUCGCGCCGUCACAAUGGCACCGCGCACAUGUCUCCGCCUUCUGCUGCCCAGCAGCAGCUCCCGCCACCUGCCGGCUACGCCUACGAUCAGUAUCAUCCCGCCGCCGCCGUCCCCGCCGCUGUUGCUGCUGCUCCUGCCGUCCGCCACGGGAACCCGGCCGUCUCCCCCAUGGUCGCUGGCCAGCCUCGCGACGGAAACGGCGACGUUGCCAUGCGCGACGCCAUCGACUCCCAUGCCGGCAUCAAGUAUGCCAUGAGACCUCAUCAUCAGCCGCACAUGUCGGGUGGUCGUGCCGCCGCCCUGCACUCACCUCACGACCAACCCUCGUCGGCCGCUCAGCGCUACUCGCCCAUGGAGACGCUUUCGCCAACCUCGCCUUACGGGGCGGCUAAGCAGAGCCAAUUUGUAGGCCCUCCAUCCCAGACACAGUCUCCUGCUGGUGCCUCUGAAUAUCCCCAGAGCCCCUACUACGCCGGCCGUCCGCAAAACGCGCAGCUCCCCCCCAUGUCACCUUAUGGCCCCAGCGGCACUGACGGCUACCCUUCCGCCACGGUCGCUCAUCUCGACGGCACUUUCAAUUCCAAGUCACCGCAGCGACCCACGGUUCCGACCGUAAAGUGCGUACCCGAGUUUCGCAAGCUGCGCGCAGUCUCGGAUCUUCAGCCAAAGAACAACCGCCAACCAGCCUUUCGACGCGCAAACCCUGAAGGUGGCUUUAUCAGCCCUCUUCAAGCUCUUACAGCCCACCUCCCCGCAACUUAUCGAAUCUGCAACCCGAGCUUCAAGUACGAAACGUCACGAAACCCCCGCAGAGUCUUGACGAAGCCCAGCAAGGGCUUAAAGAACGAUGGAUAUGACAAUGAAGACAGUGAUUACAUUCUUUACGUCAAUGAUAUUCUGGGCUCCGAGGAAGCGGGCCACAAGAACCGUUACCUUAUACUUGAUGUCCUCGGCCAGGGAACCUUUGGGCAGGUAGUAAAAUGUCAGAAUCUUAAGACCCAAGAAGUCGUCGCUGUUAAGGUCAUCAAGAACAGAACGGCCUACUUCAACCAGAGCAUGAUGGAAGUCUCGGUCCUGGAUUUGCUCAACACCAAACUCGAUAAAAACGACGAUCAUCACCUUUUGCGACUAAAGGAUACUUUCAUCCAUCGUCAGCAUCUUUGCCUCGUCUUUGAACUGCUCAGCGUCAACCUGUACGAACUCAUCAAGCAGAAUCAAUUCCGCGGCCUCAGUACGACUCUUGUCAGAGUCUUUGCCCAGCAGCUGCUCAACGGUCUUGCUCUUCUCAACAAGGCCCGACUUAUCCAUUGUGACUUGAAGCCCGAAAACAUUUUGCUCAAGAAUUUGGAGAGCCCAAUAAUCAAGAUUAUUGAUUUUGGUUCUGCCUGCGACGAACGACAAACGGUCUAUACGUAUAUUCAAUCGAGAUUCUAUCGAUGCCCCGAGGUUCUUCUUGGCCUACCAUACUCGUCAGCUAUCGACAUAUGGUCUUUGGGCUGCAUUCUCGUGGAGCUUUUCCUCGGCCUGCCAUUGUUCCCCGGCUCUUCCGAAUACAACCAAGUCUCUCGCAUUGUGGAGAUGCUCGGAAACCCUCCUGGCUGGAUGUUGGAAAUGGGCAAGCAGUCCGGCGAUUUCUUCGAGAAGCGUCAAGACGAGUUUGGUCGCCGUACCUAUCAACUGAAGAGCAUGGAACAGUAUGCGCGAGAACGAAACACCAAGGAACAGCCUAGCAAGAAGUAUUUCCAGGCCAGCACACUACCCGAGAUCAUCAAGUCUUACCCGAUGCCGAGAAAGAACAUGAAGCAGAGCGAGAUCGAUCGAGAAAUGAAUAAUCGAAUUGCUUUUAUCGACUUUGUACGAGGCUUGCUUAGCAUCAAUCCUCUCGAGCGAUGGUCGCCACAGCAGGCCAAGCUACACCCUUUCAUUACGCAACAAAAGUUCACCGGUCCUUUUGUGCCGCCGAUGAAUCUGAAGUCUAGUUCUCUCAACAGAUCGCCAGCACCAGGCACGCACCAACAACAGCAAGCCGAGGCCCUCAGUAAACAACGCGCGCAGGCGGCUCAGGCCCAAGCUCAAGCCCAGGCUCAGGCUAACUCGGUUGUGCAAGGAUCAGCCUACGCCAACAUACCGCCUGGAAAUUAUGCACAGGCUGGCCAUCAGCAAGCCCCGAUCUACGGAAAUAACCCUAUGUAUGCCCCAGGACCAGCUACACAUGGCAAUGUAGCGCCAGCCUAUGCUGCGCAAGGGCCCCAGUACAACCCGAUGGUCAUUCAGCAACCUCCACAACCACAGCAGCUGGCCCCGGGACCUUACGGGAAUGUUUCACAGCAAAGCAUAUAUCCUCAAGGAGGCAUGCGGACCAACAGACAGCGUGCUUCUACUAUGGAGCAGCAGCAGAGCGGUAUCCCCGCUGCCAUCCAGCGCGUUGCCAGCCACUUGGAUCCCACGCAACCGAUCCGCUUGCAGCCGAGCCCUGCCUAUUACCCUCCACCCGGUGAGAUGAUGCCCGGUGCCGAUAAUGCGCCUCGCAGCGGCCGCCGCGGCAGCCGAGCGCAGCAAGGGCGGAGCAAUCGCGACUUCAUUCGCAACCUAGAGGAAAGAACCUUAGAAGAAGGUUACACCGGCGGCCAGAAUCCAUGGCACUGA